AUGGAAAUGUUUUUAGUUUUGUCUUAUGUGAAACCGAAAUUGCAACAGAAUAUCAUGGUUAAGAUUUCGCCUCCUACUGCUGCUGGUCUGCUAUUCGCUUUCGGAUUGAAUGCGCACCUGCCUAAUUUUAACACGUUCCAUGUCCAUGAAGUUCUGGCUUCUCUUGACAAAUUUCCUUCCAUUGCCUUGCUAUUGGGUAUGGCAAUGUCGAAGAUUGGAACAGCCGAUCGUCAGGUAUGCUAA